AUGGCGAAAGAUACUCCUCAGAUCAAUUUCAACACUCUAGAAGUCCCAGAAUUCGACUCUGAUGAAGAAAGUUUGCAAACUGAACAGCCAAAAGUGGUAAAGAAGAAGAAGAACACCAAGAACACCAAGAAGGAUGUAGAAGAAGAUCAAGAUGAUGAGAUGUCCACCUUGAAUAAGGGCUUUAAAUUCGACGACGAAGAAAACUUCCAGCCUGCUGCUAAUGAUUGGAAUUUUUUGGUAGAUGAUGAAGCGAAAGACAAAGUGAUGAAACCAGGAAAACAAGAAGAAAGCGAAGAGGAAGAUGAGGAAGACAGCGACGAUGAUGAUGAUGAUGAUGAUGAUGAUGAUGAUAAUGAUGAAAGUGGUAACGAAGUUGAUGAUGAUGAAAGUGACGAAGAAGGUGAAGACAGCGACCUCGCCAAGCUCACCAAGGGAAAAAACAAAAAACACGACGAAGAAGAAGAAGAUUCUGCUGAAGCGAUUGCGGAAUUCUUUGAAAGUUCCAAAGUCGCCGACCCAACCGGUGAAUCAUCCACCACUUUCACCAGUUUACAAUUAUCUAGACCAAUUUUGAAAAGUUUGGCAGAAUUAAAUUACUUGAAACCUACCCCAAUUCAAAGAGAAUCGAUCCCUAUCGCCCUUAUGGGUAAAGACAUUGUCGCUGGUGCCGAAACUGGUUCUGGUAAAACUGCAGCGUACAUGAUUCCAAUCAUUGAAAGAUUGUUAUAUAAACCAAGCAAAGUCAACAUGACAAGGGUUGUGGUGUUAACUCCAACUCGUGAAUUGUCCAUUCAAGUGUCUGACGUCUCCAAAAAACUUUCAAAAUACGCCUCCAGUAUCACCUACGGUUUAGCAGUUGGUGGGUUGAACUUGCGUAAACAAGAACAAGAAUUGAAAACAAAACCAGAUAUUGUGAUUGCCACUCCUGGUAGAUUCAUUGAUCAUAUCAGAAACUCUCCAAGUUUCAACGUUGAAAAUGUCGAAGUAUUGGUGAUUGAUGAAGCUGAUAGAAUGUUGGAAGAAGGGUUCCAGAAAGAAUUGACAGAAAUAUUAUCACUCUUACCACAAAAGCGACAAACUUUACUUUUCUCUGCCACCAUGAAUUCCAAGAUCAAGACCUUGAUUCAAUUAUCGUUGGAUAGACCUGUGAGAAUCAUGGUCAAUCCUCCAAAUAAGGCCGCCAGCAAAUUGACCCAAGAAUUUGUCAGAAUUCGUAAAAGAGAUGGUGUGAAGCCGGCAUUAUUGACAAAUAUUUUGAAAACCAUUGAUCCAAAACAACAUCACAGAAUCGUGGUAUUUGUUGCUAGAAAAGAAAUGGCACACAAAUUGAAAAUCAUUUUACAAGUGUUGGGUUUGAAAGCUGGGGAAUUACACGGUUCGUUAUCACAAGAACAAAGAUUGGUCAACGUGACUAACUUCAAAAACCUUAGUGUUCCAGUAUUGAUUUGUACCGAUUUGGCAGCCAGAGGGUUGGAUAUUCCAAAGAUUGAAUUUGUCAUCAAUUUCGAUAUGCCAAAAUCGUAUGAAAUUUAUUUGCAUAGAGUUGGGAGAACUGCCAGAGCCAACAGAGAAGGUAAAUCUAUAUCGUUUGUCGGGGAAAGUGCUGGGGACAGAUCGAUUGUUAAGGAUGCAUUGAAGUCACUACAAGAGAAGUCAGAAACUGCUAGCAAAAAAGCGGUUAGUAGAACUGUUGAUUGGAAUAAAGUCGAUGAGAUCAACACUAAUAUUGAAAGUAAACAGGCAGAAAUUGAGGAGAUUGUCGAGCUUGAAAAGCAGCAAAAAGAAAUUGAGAUUGCCGAAAGAGAUAUCAAAAAGGGAGAAAAUCUUUUGAGAUAUGAAUCAGAAAUCAAGGCCAGACCAAGAAGAACAUGGUUCGAGAAAGAGAGUGAAAAGGGGAGACCAAAUAAGGCCCCAAAGAUGAUUAACAGAAUGAAGAGAAAGAGAAAUGAUGAAGGGAAGACCAACAUUAAGAAUUUCGGGAAGUCUGCCAAAAAGGCGAAUGUUGGAAAGAAAUAA